AUGAGAGGUUAUUCGAACCCAGCAUUUAAAGCAUUGGGUAUUCCAACGAUAAAACUACCUUCCCGAAACUGGUUAAUAUUCUGGACAGUCCUCACAACAGGCUUAUCAGGUAUCGUCUAUGACAAAUAUCAACAACGUUCCAUAAUAUCACAUUAUACAGAUCUCGUUAAACCUUUCAGUAAGGAGCCUUUACCUGUUCAAAGGAAGCCAAGAAAGAUUACAGUCUUCAUUGCUCCUCCACCGAAUGAUUAUUUGGAUACUUCUUUGAAGAUUUGGAGACGAUAUAUUAAGCCGGUUUUAUAUUAUGCCGGAUUAGACUAUGAUGUUGUCGAGGAAGAUAGGCAAGGUGUUAUCAGGACGAAAGUAGCGUCUGAACUACGUCAAUUAAGAUUGCAAUUAUCGGAAAAGAAAAAUGGAUCCAUUGAACAUAAGCACGACGAUGAUGAAGAAUCGUCAACAAAAGAAAAACAAGAACUAAAGGCAGACCCAAGUGAAUUUUUAGGUGUCUUUUACAAGAAAAACAAAGUGGCGGUGGAAAUUAUCCCGGAUGAUUGUUUAGUAGAGGACCCCAAGAUGGCAGGAGGUGUUAUUUGUAUUGGUAGAGGCGCUUAUAAAGAAUAUCUUACUGGUUUGCAUGAAGGACUACUGGGUCCACUUGAAGAACCAGCUCCGGUAACAGAGCCAACAAUAGUGGAUCCAACCAUAUCUAAUCCUGUUGAUGAUGUAUCGCUUGUAGAACAGGAACUGCAAGGCAAUUUAGAUGAUACCAUCAGAGUAGUGGACACACUCAAUGACGAGUCAUCAUCGCCAAAUCUUGAAGACACGAAUGAUAGUAAAAAUAAAGAAGAGAAGAAAGAGGAAAAAGAGGAGGGAGAAGAAAAGGAAAAGGAAAAGGAAACUGCAGUCAUCGUUAAACCAUUUAUAACGUCAGAUAAAUACUCGGAAGCAACGAUCCCUUCGGAAUUAGAACAAUUGACAAAUGGGAAAUUCGCAAUAAAAGAUCCAAACACAAAUAUCCCUAUCCUUUUACAUCAACCAUUGUUGAUGAUACCUAUCCCUAAUCUAUCUGGAUUUACCAACAUGCCCAGGAGAAUUGCAAGAUUCUAUCAAAGAAGAGAAUAUGCGUCCCGUGUUUGUUCAGAGACAUAUCAUCUAGUCACGCAAGAAAAUAUGAGGAAAUUUGAUCAAAAUAUAGAUACACAAUGGGGUAAAGAGGAAGAGGAGGAUUAUUGGCCAUCCCAAUGGGUUAAGCAAGGUUUAGAACGUAAGAGUGAAUGGACUAGGCCAUUAAUCACUGAUCCUAAAGUGGUUGAUAAUGUUACUGUGAUAGAUCACUAA